CGACUGGAAUGUUUCAUACAGAAAAGUUGGUUUCAAUUUUCAUCAUAAAGUGAAAGUUAAGAUUUUUUUUUUUUUUUGAAAUCAACAGAAAAUGGCGAAUUGCAUCGAAAUCCCCCUAAGAGACACAGCGGAGGUGAUUGAGCUCUACUUAGAUCAAUUACCAGAUGGUGAUGAAGUCCUUGGCAUUUUGCGACAAGAACAAGCUAUCUUGAAAAUUUGGGUUCAGCUUGCUUUGGAAUAUUAUCGACAAGGGAAGGUGCAAGAUUUUGUUAAGAUUUUAGAUGUCUCUCGCACAGAAGCUAACAUUGACUACCCUAACAUGGAACGUGAUCAGAUGGCUGCUCUUGAUACAUUGUCAGCCUACUAUGUUCGGCAAGCCAACAAAGAAAAAGAUCGUGAGAAAAAAAGAGAAUUAUUUACAAAAGCAACCCUUCUUUAUACGACAGCGGAUAAGAUCAUCAUGUAUGACUUGGAUCAUUUGUUGGGUCGAGCUUACUUUUGUCUCCUGGAAGGUGAUAAAAUGGAUCAAGCAGAUGCACAGUUUAAUUUUGUGUUGAAUCAGUCCUUAAAUAACAUUCCAUCUCUGUUGGGAAAAGCCUGCAUUGCUUUCAAUAAGAAGGAUUUUCGUGGAGCUUUAGCUUUGUAUAAGAAGGCUUUGAGAACAAACCCAAAAUGUCCGGCUGCUGUGCGUUUAGGAAUGGGACAUUGUUUUUAUAAAAUGGGUAAAUUGGAAAAAGCAAGGCUUGCCUUUGAGAGAGCUCUUGCACUUGACCCUCAAUGUGUUGGUGCCUUAGUAGGUCUUGCAGUUCUUGAAUUGAACAAUAAAACUCCAGAAUCCAUUCGUAAUGGAGUAAGAAUGCUUUCUAAAGCUUAUACUAUUGAUCCUUCCAAUCCAAUGGUGUUAAAUCAUCUGGCAAAUCAUUUUUUCUUUAAAAAGGACUAUACUAAAGUUCAACACUUAGCAUUGCAUGCUUUUCAUAAUACUGAAAAUGAAGCAAUGAGGGCAGAAAGUUGCUAUCAGAUGGCUAGAGCUUUUCAUAUUCAGAGUGACUAUGACCAAGCUUUCCAGUAUUAUUACCAAGCCACACAAUUUGCAUCAUCAAAUUUUGUUUUGCCACAAUAUGGGUUAGGGCAGAUGUAUAUCCAUCGAGGAGACAUGGAAAAUGCUGCUCAGUGUUUUGAAAAGGUUCUGAAAGCUCAGCCUGGCAAUUAUGAAACAAUGAAAAUUCUUGGUUCAUUAUAUGCUCAUAAUUCUAGUCAAUCUAAACGGGAUCAAGCAAAGGCUCAUUUGAAGAAAGUCACGGAACAGUUUGCUGAAGACAUUGAAGCUUGGAUUGAGUUAGCUCAAAUUCUUGAACAAUAUGACACUCAGGGAGCGCUUGCCGCUUAUGGAACUGCUACGCAGAUAUUGAGAGAAAAAGUUGCAGCUGAUAUACCUCCUGAAAUUUUGAAUAAUGUGGCUGCUCUUCAUUAUCGUCUUGGCAAUUUAAAAGAAGCUCAGAAAUAUUAUGAGGCAUCUUUGGAACGUUCACAUACUGAUGCAGAACAUGAUGAACAUUACUAUGGAGCAAUUUCAGUCACUACCACAUACAACUUAGCAAGAUUGUAUGAAUCACUCAGUAUGUUUGAUAAAGCUGAGAGGCUCUACAAAAAUAUCUUAAGAGAACAUCCAAAUUAUGUUGAUUGUUAUUUAAGAUUAGGUUGCAUGGCUCGAGAUCGUGGACAAAUUUAUGAAGCUUCUGACUGGUUUAAAGAAGCUCUUCAAGUUAAUCAGGAUCAUCCAGAUGCAUGGUCUCUCAUCGGAAAUUUGCAUCUUGCAAAACAAGAAUGGGGCCCAGGUCAAAAGAAAUUUGAACGUAUUCUGAAAGCUUGUCCAGCUGACACAUAUUCAUUGGUUGCACUGGGAAAUAUAUGGCUUCAAACUUUGCAUCAACCAAGCAAAGAUAGAGACAAAGAAAAGAGACAUCAGGAUCGAGCAUUAUCGAUCUAUAAGCAAGUGUUACGUAUUGAUGCUAGAAACAUAUGGGCUGCAAAUGGAAUAGGUUCUGUUUUAGCCCACAAAGGCUAUGUUUCUGAAGCAAGGGAUUGUUUUGCUCAAGUACGUGAAGCAACAGCAGAUUUUUGUGACGUUUGGCUUAACAUAGCACACAUAUAUGUGGAGCAGAGACAGCAUGUAGCGGCUAUACAAAUGUAUGAAAAUUGCUUAAAGAAGUUUUUUCGUCAUCAUAAUGUGGAAAUAUUGAUGUAUCUGGCAAGAGCACAUUUCCGUUGUGGGAAACUUGCUGAGUGCAAGCAAAUAUUAUUGAAGGCUCGUCGAGUUGCUCCCCAUGAUACUGUUAUUUUGUAUAAUAUAGCUUUGGUACUUCAAAAAUUAGCUACCCAAACACUGAAGGAUGAAAAAAGUACUCUAAAAUCAGUGUUGUCAGCAGUCCACGAACUUAAUUUAGCCCACAGGUACUUCACUUAUUUGGGCAUUCAUGGUGAUCGAAUGAAAUAUGAUCUGCGUCUUGUGAAUGCUGAAAUGAAGCAAUGUGCUGAUUUGUUGAAUCAAGCACAAUAUCAUGUUGCUCGAGCUCGUAGAGUGGACGCAGAAGAACGCAAAUUACGACGUGAACAAGAAGAAGAGAGGGAAGCAUUGAAAAAGAAAAUACUAGAGAAACAGCUACAAGAACAAGAGAAACGUCUGAGAGAAGAACAAGAACUUAUCACAAAACGUCAAGAGUUUGUUGAAAAGAGUAAGAGCAAAUUGAUAUUUAGCGAGGUUUCAGACAAACCAAAGAAAAAGGGUAAAAGAGGUCAUGAUGAGUAUGUCAGUGAUAGUAGUGAGUCAGAAGGAGGGGAAGGUGGAGGUGAAAAGAAGAAAAGGAAGCGAGAAGAUAGAGAGGAUGGAAAGGAAAGAAAGAAGAAGAAGAAGAAGCGUGUGCCUCGAGAUGAUCGUGAGACUGAUGAUGAAGGUGAAGAAGGAAAGAAAUCUCGUAAAGCUCGCAGAAAAGAGCGAAAAGAAUCAAAGAAAAAGCAGAAACCAGUUAAAGAUGAUGGGCUGACUGCAAAACAACGGAGUCGGGUUGUUUCCAAAGCUACCGUUUCUUCUAGUGAGGACUCUGAAAGUGGCAAAGAUAAUACUAAUCGAAAGAGUGAUCUCAGCAAUAGUGAGGAAGAUGCACCAAAGCGGCGUAGAAUUGCUUCUGACAGUGAUAGUGAAUCUGGUGGUAGCGUUACUGCAAAGAAAAGGAGAAUUCUUGAUUCAGAUUCUGACGGUGAUGGAAAACAUAGUUCUAAAUCAGAUUCUGACAAAGAUGUUGAAACUGAAAAUAAAAACCAGGACUCUGGAUCAGAAAAAGGAGCUCAUUCUUCUGAAAAUGAAAAUAAAAACCAGGACUCUGGAUCAGAAAAAGGAGCUCACUCUUCUGAUGAGGAAGAGCGUAAAGUCUCCGAUUCAGAAAAAGAAGCAAGUGCACAUUCAGACAAUGAAAAUGAAAACCAGGCUUCUGGAUCAGAAAAAGGAGCACGUUCGUCGGAUGAAGAAGAUCAUAAAGGUUCUGAAUCUGAGAAAGAAGCAAGUGUACAUUCAGAUGCUGAGAAAUCCAGCGAUGGAUCUGAAAAGAAUGUUGCUCAUUCAGAUGCUGAAAAAUCCAGUGAUGGAUCUGAAAAGAACAAUGCUCAGUCAGGUCAAGAUUCUGAUGUGUCUGACUGAAUUGAAGAUCUUUUAGCAAUUUCAUCAUUUUAUCCUACUUUAAAAUACAAAAGAAACAAUAUGCUGAAAGAGACUAAAUUGUUUGCUUUUGUCUAAGCAAACCUGAAAUAUAAGAAACUAAAUUUUGAACAUUGCAUUCAUCACUGGUCUCCAGUUUCAUCAUUCAUCCAUUGCAUCAUCAGAUUGUCAACUUUUUCUUUGGUUUAAAAAAAAAAGUAUUUUAUUAAAUUAUGGACUUUUUGUUUGAGUGAAAAAUAAUGUUUAAAAGUUAUAUUUCCCAUGAAAAUGAUUUUUCCAAUAGUACUGUUGAUAAAAUAACUAGUAUUUUUUAUAAAUUGUUACACUUCUGACAUCUAAUAAAAUCAGUACAUUCUAAA